AUGUACCCACGACUCAAGAACGUUCGUUGGCAGUGCUCUCAGCUGACAUUUUCAUUCGCUCCUCAUGUUACGCAACCAACCCUGCACACCAACAACACAAGUAUUUUCCUUUUGGUUUUAAUCACAUCUGGAGUUGACAAGUUGCAUUCAGAGCGACGAAACAGUAUACGUAAUACAUGGGGUGACAAGUCGAUCAAAAGUGGCCGGAGAAACUGGGAGCGCGUCUUUGUUAUAGGCAAAGCUCUCGGCGCCGAACGCUCUGAAGAAAUUCGCCAAGAAGCGGCCUCUUUUGAAGACAUUCUUGUGCUGAACAUGACGGAUAGUUACAAAAAUUUAGUGAUUAAGAUUUUGUCUGAGUUGCUAUGGAGUUUGAUUCAUGUAAACCCACGCUUUAUCCUCAAAACAGAUGACGAUGUUUAUGUUCGUGUUCCUCGACUGCUAUCAUGGCUGGAUAAUUAUGCAAAUAACAAUUAUGCAGGGGAUAAAUUAUACGGUGGUUUCGUUGGUGGUGACAAUGGUCCAGUAGUACGAGCAAAGGAAUCGAAACACUUCGUUGCUAGAGACUGCCUGGCUGAAGAUUUUUAUCCUUCUUACUGCAUAGGUGCGUCUUACAUUAUUUCCAGGGAUGUUCUUCCUUCUAUACUAGAAGCAGUAGAAAGAAGACCUGUGUUCCCUGUCGAAGAUGCCUACAUAGGUGUCUUAGCCAAAGAAAUUGGCCUUCAACCGGUGGAUAUACCCGGUUUAUAUUUCAGGAAAAAAUUGGCAGACUAUCAAAGGUGCGAUUUUGCUUCGGCAAUGGCUAUAGGGCAUAGUUUUAAAUUGUUGGAGUUUUUUUUUGUGGCAGAGAACAUGGAACAGACAAAACAACUUCCAGAAAGUUAUUUGAAAUGUUUAUUGAUGUAUGAAUGGGUGGGUUUUAUAUUUCUUUUAAUAUCCCUGAUUAUUUUGGUUUUUCUUGCGGUUGUUUUUUGUAAAAUU